CCGGAGAGUUAAAAUUAAAAUUUGAGCAAUAUGAAAAUUUGAAAACUGCUCGUAGGCUCGCUACAAAAGUUUCACUGAAAACUAGAGUGGUUCUUUAGUAAGCAGUUUUAGUACUCUCGUGUGUGCUCGUUGCGCUGUUGUGGCGCCUGAUAAGCGAGCAGCUCGUCAAAAAGUGGCAACAGAUUACGGGGUGUGAAAAGGAAAACAAAGUUAUCGAAAAGUGCUGAUUCCAGUGUGUAAACAGAAGAAAGGAAAAAAGUGCUGGUGCAGGGAAAAGGUUAUCCCGAAAAGGUGCUUUUCAGCAACAGCAACCGUUGCAGACGUGCGCGUGAGUGUAUGUGAGUGGUCCGCCUGAAAACGCACGCGCCUCACCAACACACUUGAGCCGCGAGUACGCACUUCACCAACACACACCCAUCGGCAACAGCGCGAUGGCGGGCGUCUUUGAUUUGGAGCUCCACGAGGAGGAUAAUGUUCACGACUCCGACGACGACGUCAUCGAGAUUGAGGACGUCGAUCUGGAACCGGAACUGCACAUCAACACAAACUUAGAGACCGAAGACUCGGAAACGAUAUCACUUUCGGAGGACAUCAUAAAUCCGGGCCAGAUAAAGCUUGGGCCACAGGAUUUCGAGCUGAAAAAGGUGCUGGGAAAAGGUGGCUACGGUAAAGUCUUCCAGGUGAAAAAAACGACCGGUGCUGAUGCGAACGCGUUCUUCGCCAUGAAGGUGCUGAAGAAGGCGUCGAUAGUUAGAAAUCAAAAAGACACCGCACACACGCGGGCCGAACGCAACAUUUUGGAGGCCGUCCGGCAUCCGUUUAUCGUGGAACUAGUGUACGCCUUCCAGACCGGCGGCAAGCUGUAUUUAAUCCUAGAGUAUCUGAGCGGUGGCGAGCUGUUUAUGCAUUUAGAACGGGAAGGUAUCUUCCUGGAGGACACUGCUUGCUUUUAUCUCUGCGAAAUCAUUCUCGCACUGGAGCACCUGCACAAUCUCGGCAUCAUCUACCGCGAUCUGAAGCCGGAGAACGUGCUGCUCGAUGCGCAGGGCCACGUGAAGCUGACCGACUUUGGCCUGUGCAAGGAACACAUCCAGGAGGGCAUCGUGACGCACACUUUCUGCGGUACGAUCGAGUACAUGGCUCCCGAGAUUCUGAUGCGCAGCGGACACGGCAAAGCGGUUGACUGGUGGUCACUCGGUGCACUGAUGUACGACAUGCUCACGGGAAUGCCACCAUUCUGUGCGGACAAUCGUAAGAAAACGGUCGACGCAAUCCUGAAGGAUAAGCUCAACAUCCCGGGCUACCUGACGCCCGAUUCACGCGAUCUAAUCCGCCGUCUGAUGAAGCGACAGGUUGGCCAGCGACUCGGCAGUGGUCCGACCGAUGGCCAGGCAGUUCGGGCACAUCCGUUCUUCCGGAACGUCAACUGGGAGGACGUGGUGGCGAGACGGUUGGAUCCUCCCAUCAAACCAGUGCUGGCAAGCGAAGACGAUGUAUCUCAGUUUGACACCAAGUUUACGAAGGAAAUACCGGUCGAUUCACCCGACGAAACGACGCUGAGCGAGAGUGCCAACCUGAUCUUCCAGGGUUUCACGUACGUCGCUCCGUCGGUGCUGGAGGAUAUGCAAACCCGUGUGACGACGCCAAGAUCACCCCGCCGGAUGCCACGCCAUCAUGGCCAACAUAUGCACCAACAUUAUCAUCACAGCCAUCACCAUCAGCAUAGCCAUCAGCUCGGUGGUGCCAGUGGCAGCUCGACCGUCACGACGACGGUUCGAUACACGACCACCACGAUUCUGCCCCCCCUUAUGCACCACAACAACCUCCACCACAUGCAGCAUCCGCACGGGGCCGGUAGCAUACAACAGCGCGCUGCUGCGGGACAGCAACCACCGUCGGCGGCCAAUGCACCACCACAACCUCACGCAUCGGGAGCCGGCAGCAGUCGACCGUUUAAUGCCGCGUCGAUCGCCCGAAGAACACCACCCCACUUGCAGCCGUUCUCCCCGAGACCAUCGCCCCAAGACGAAAUGAUGGACGUCUAUCCGGAAAUGUCCAUUUCUUAGCCGACACUGAUGGAGUACAGCAGUUAUAGGAAAUUUAUCGCCUAACACCGUUCGGUCCGGGGUCCGCCGGGAUGUGACAAUACCACACCUCGGUCCCAAAACUAAUUGAAAAUACAAAAAAAUGAAACAUAGUUUAGUGAAUAAUGAAUAAGACGGAACAAAGAGUUGCCACUGUGUGCUUGUGGAGUGUGGCGCACCCGGGAGGCCCAACAUGUGCGGAUCCAAUCAGCCUUUCCUGAACGGUCGGAACACACCCUGUUUUUUGAGCGCCACGCACACAGUCGAAGGAAUCCAAAUUCCAGUCGCCAAUCUUGGGUAACAUCCUUGGCUUUGGUUGGUUACAUUUCUUUUUGUGCAUAGUUUCACUUUUUGGCCACUUCGGGGAGAGUAGAGAACGCUUAGAUUAGAACAAAAUACACACACCCGUAGGAUAUUGAAAUUAUAUGUGGGAAGGCUGGACGAAAGUCCAAGAGUUAUCAAAAGAGAUAUAAAAAGAAGCGUUGAAUUGAUUUGAGAAAACAAGAGAGAAAAGAUAAUCAUCAUAUUAACGGAGAAGGUCUUAGUGCGAAGGAGUGCACACCCGAGAAUCGUUCUUACCUACUUUAUCGUAUUGAUGUUUAUAUAUAGUUUUUUAUGUACUAGAUUCUGUUUAUAACUAUUCGCGGGAUGAUGGAUAUACACACCAAUAUACUUGAUGUUUGAUAUAUUUUUUUUACUAUAGUUUUACAUCAACAUCUGCGUGAUGUGUAGUAGCGCCACAGGGGGAGCAUUGCAUCCGGCAAAACAUGAGUUAAUCUUUGGCCAACGAAGUACUCUCCGCUGGGUAUCAACCGCCGUCUUUACCUUUUUUGCAAUUAUAACUACGUUGGUUGGAAUUAUGAUAAUGACGAAACGAAGAAUGAAGCUGAAUUUCUGAGGAGGUUGCAAAGAGAAGCUGCAUUUUUGACACCAGACUCCGGUGCACUCUCGAUGUCCGAGGGGGGCCGAAGCGCCAAUUAGAUACGUUAACAACACCCUUAAGCCCUUGGCUCAUUCGGUUGUUGGUUCGGUAAUACAAAUAAAUCCGAUCGAUCGAACACCGGAAGGAAACCAGCAGGAAGAAUUAGCUGUGGUGCGAAAGAGGGCGAUUUAAAAUAAUAAAACAACUGUGAACUCGCGUUAUAAUACCUAUUCGUGUAAUAUGGGAUUAGAUUGUAAAAUUUGUUGCUUACCAACGUACACUAGCACCAGCACUCGGUCUCUCUCUGCGUUCACGUUCGUCCGGAAAAAGGGAAAGGUACUGGUAAUGUGCAAACACCACAGACCGCGUCUCUCGGUCGCAAUCAAACCACCCACCCGAGACCCAUUCCGCCAUCCACGUCCGACCGAUCACUUACUUGCCGUGUCAGUGGCCCGUGCAAAACAAACGCCAACCACGCGCACGGGGACCGGUAUUAGAUAGAACCAGCUCUUGUUCAUAAUCAGUAGAAAUAAUGCACUCAGAAUCUGCUCGUACGCGGGAUCAGAUGCUUGCCCCGUCCGGUGGUGGUGUGCGAUCGGAGGGACAAUGUACAUAGGCUGGGUGGCGAUGUUUAUGAAUACGCUUCAAUUUGUUUCUUUAUAAGCAAACGGCAACAAACAACCAGAAAAACACACCGCAAACAAACAAACACAAACCAAAAAACCAAAACGUAAACGAAAACUACCAUUUACAAUAGUCUGAGAUUAGCAAAACAAAGUAUGAAAAGGGAAGAAGAUAUAAUAGAACACAAUGUGUAUAAAUUGUAGAAACAAAGUUUAAAAUAGAUCAAUGCAGAUGCCGAAUGGAUCGAUGAGAAUGUAGAAGCAAACUGUGUAAGUUCAACUGUAACGCAAAGCAUACACAAGUAAUAGCGAAUUAAGGGUGUAAUAGAGCCAAGUGCCACAAGCCGGGCGAACAUAUUACACAACACAAACAGACAGAGCAAACAGGCGCCAAGGCGCGCGAUCAUACGUAGUGUUUAUAGCAAAUGAUAAACCAAAAUGACUGAUUUUUAUCGGAAGCAUAAUAGAACAAUUCCGUGAUGGUGGCGGCACACCCGGCGCUUGGUGGACCACGGCGUGCACCAGCGGCAGCAGCAGCAACAACCAGCAAAACCUACCAAAAAAUUCAAUCACCACAUAAACGCGGCAGCCGGGAAGGAAAAUAGGAACGCCACCCCUUUGCUAGCUAAUUAAAACGAGCGUUCUGCGUGGAGCGCGGCCUCAGAGCGGUGCGAGGCGCAGAGAGGUUAGACACUAGAAAAAGGGUUAGAGUAAAUUUUCGUACGUUCUUUUCCGUGAGCCCCACUACCUAAUGUGUAAGUACGCAGUUCCCCGAUACACUUCGAUCGUUCGUUCGUUCGGUUUUUCUUCCUCUUUGUAAUGAUAAAAUGAUUAUAGAGUUGUUGCUUGUAAUGAUUGUACCGUCGUAUAUAUUAACUCUUAAGAAGGACGCAAUGAACCAUGCGAGGAGAGAGGAUGCGGAAAGUGGAGUGAUGAUUGCAUUGUAACCGACACAAGUUUACUUUUCUUUUUAAAUCCUGUAUUAGCCCAAUUUUGCGUGUGUAGUUUGGUAGCUUUAUUACAUAUUUUUUUUAUUUUAGUAGGAACGAUAAUAGAAUGAUAGCUAAAAUUAUAAUACCAAGCGCCGAGAUGAUGGGAUAAUAAAA